AUGUCCUGCGGUGACGCCAAGAUCAACUGCGCCGCGCCGGCCUUCGAGGAGAUGGCGCUCAUGCCCAACGGCAGCUUCAAGAAGAUCAGCCUCUCCGCCUACAAGGGCAGGUGGGUCGUGCUCUUCUUCUACCCGUAUGACUUCAGCUUCGUGUGCCCGACAGAGAUCAUUCAGUUCUCCGACAACGUGGCUCGCUUCAACGAGCUCAACUGCGACGUCAUCGCGUGCUCCACGGACAGCGAGUACGCGCACCUGCAGUGGACGCUGCAGGACCGCAAGAAGGGCGGCCUCGGCACCAUGGCGAUCCCAAUGCUGGCCGACAAGACCAAGUCCAUCGCUCGUGUCUACGGCGUGCUGGCGGAGGCACAGGGCGUGGCCUACCGCGGUCUCUUCAUCAUCGACCCCCAUGGCGUCCUGCGCCAGAUCACCGUCAACGACAUGCCGGUGGGCCGCAACGUGGAGGAGGUUCUGCGCCUGCUGGAGGCUUUUCAGUUCGUGGAGAAGCACGGCGAGGUGUGCCCCGCCAACUGGAAGAAGGGCGACCCCACAAUGAAGCCAGAACCGAAGGCAUCUAUUGAAGGGUACUUCAGCAAGCUUUGA